AUGCAGUCCAGAGAGGAAGAAAACAAGGCCGCAUCAAUACACCUGGAUGUGAACGGACAGGUAAACCCCAACAGGAAACUAAAUAAGAAAAAGGGAAAAAAAACACAGGAAAGAAAAAAAAAGAAAAUACGUAAGAAAGUAAGAAAGAAAAAGGCACAAGUGAAAAAUAAGCUACAAAAAAAAAAAAAAAAAAAAGAGAAGAAGACGAAGACGAAGAAGAAGAAGAAGAAGAAGAAGAAGAAGAAGAAGAAGAAGAAGAAGAAGAAGAAGAAGAAGAAGAAGAAGAAGAAGAAGAAGAAGAAGAAGAAGAAGAAGAAGAAGAAGAAGAAGAAGAAGAAGAAGAAGAAGAAGAAGAAGAAGAAGAAGAAGAAGAAGAAGAAGAAGAAGAAGAAGAAGAAGAAGAAGAAGAAGAAGAAGAAGAAGAAGAAGAAGAAGAAGAAGAAGAAGAAGAAGAAGAAGAAGAAGAAGAAGAAGAAGAAGAAGAAGAAGAAGAAGAAGAAGAAGAAGAAGAAGAAGAAGAAGAAGAAGAAGAAGAAGAAGAAGAAGAAGAAGAAGAAGAAGAAGAAGAAGAAGAAGAAGAAGAAGAAGAAGAAGAAGAAGAAGAAGAAGAAGAAGAAGAAGAAGAAGAAGAAGAAGAAGAAGAAGAAGAAGAAGAAGAAGAAGAAGAAGAAAGAAAAGAAAAGAAAACACAAAAAAAAGGAAGAGAUGAAAAGCGACAAGAAGAAGAAAAAGAAGAAGAAACAAGAACAAGAAAAUGAAAAGAAAAAAAGAACCCUGAACAAACAACAACAACAACAACAACAACAACAACAACAACAACAACAACAACAACAACAACAACAACAACAACAACAACCAGUCAUAAACGUAGGAAGGCCGCGUGACAUGUUACAAGACAUUCAAGAUGAAGUCAUCGACCUGAUAAUGGUAUCUCCUGUCAUGGCCACCCAGGGCAAUGAAGCGCCGCACAUCUCUCAGUCCUCCCACCUGCUGUGGUUCGCUCGUUCCGUGUCAGAGGACAACAUUAAAGACGAAAUACUGGGUAGAAUUUAUACUCCCAAAAGCAGAACUCCACCUUAG